UUAGUACCUUCCACCCAACGACUCAACCGUUAACCAACCAACGGUCCAGAGGGUCUCCUCUCCGCUCCGUUCCACUCCUCUCCGCUAUAAGGAAGGGGAAAUGGCAAGCUGUGGGUCUGCUGUGAAAAGUUAGAAAGAAAGAAAGAAAGAAAGAAAGCGCUUCUCCACCAAACUCUCUCUCUCUCUCGCCUUUCUUUCUCCCAAGCAAACCAAACCAAACCAAACCAAACACAACCCUUUCGUCUUACUCCAACUCUAAUGGACUCCUUUUUCUUUUAACCUUCUCUGUCCUUAUUACCAACCAUUUCAAUUUUUGCUUUCCCAAAACAUGGGUUCUGAUUCGUUGUCUAUCUUAACCCCAUCAACAAAGCCCACACCACUCCCUUCCCAAGAAGAAGACUCUGCAAACCCAUCUGCAGCUCUGCUCUCUUUUGAUACCGACUCCUCCCCUUCCUCCUCUGCCAAUUCUCCCCACAAACCCGCCACCACCAUCGUCUUCAUCUCCCUCCUCCUCACCACUUGCGUUGCUCUCUCCGCCGCCGUCGCCUUCGCUUUUCUCUUCUUCUCUUCCCCCUCCGGCUCCCCCCACCCCUCCUCCUCCUCCUUCGAAUCCUCAGCUCGUCCUCUCAAAAACCUCCACCAUCCCGUUGUCCUCUUGAUUUCCUCUGAUGGGUUUCGAUUCGGUUACCAAUUCAAGACCCCCACUCCCAAUAUCGGCCGUCUUAUUGCUAACGGGACCGAGGCCGACAUGGGUCUGAUUCCGGUCUUCCCUACUUUGACUUUCCCAAAUCAUUAUUCUAUAGUUACAGGUCUCUAUCCUUCUUAUCACGGCAUAAUUAACAAUCACUUUGUGGAUCCACACACUGGCGAGCUCUUCACCAUGGCAAGCCACGAGCCCAAGUGGUGGCUGGGCGAGCCCUUGUGGGAGACCGUGGUCAAUCACGGCUUCAAAGCUGCCACCUAUUUCUGGCCUGGUUCUGAGGUAAACAAAGGUUCUUGGACUUGCCCUGAGAAAUUCUGCAAGCACUAUAACGGCUCCGUUCCUUUUGAGGAGCGGGUGGAUACUGUGUUGCACUACUUUGAUCUGCCUAGUACUGAAAUUCCUGUGUUUAUGACUCUGUAUUUUGAAGAUCCCGAUCAUCAGGGUCAUCAGGUUGGGCCUGAUGAUCCGGAGAUCACUAAAGCUGUUGCUAGAAUCGAUGGGUUGAUAGGUAAGUUGAUUGAGGGUCUGGAGAAAAGAGGAGUUUUUGAGGAUGUUACUAUAAUUAUGGUAGGUGAUCAUGGGAUGGUUGGUACUUGUGAUAAAAAGCUGAUUUUUCUGGAUGAUUUGGCUCCUUGGGUUGAGAUUCCAAAGGAUUGGGUCCAGUCAUAUACUCCAUUGCUUGCAAUUCGUCCGCCUCCGGGGGUUGAGCCGGCAGAUGUUGUUGCCAAAAUUAAUGAAGGAUUGAAAUCGGGGAAGGUCGAGAAUGGGCAGAAUUUGAGAGUGUAUCUUAAAGAGGAGCUUCCCAGUCGACUUCAUUAUGCGGCUAGUGAUCGUAUUCCACCGGUAAUAGGAUUAAUUGAAGAAGGGUUCAAGGUAGAACAGAAAAGAACCAAUAGGAGAGAAUGUGGAGGAGCACAUGGUUAUGAUAAUGCUAUAUUUUCCAUGAGAACCAUUUUCAUUGGCCACGGUCCUCAGUUUGCACGGGGUAGAAAGGUUCCAUCUUUUGAAAAUGUUCAAAUAUACAACUUGGUAACUUCAAUUCUCAAUAUUCAGGGUGCUCCCAACAACGGAUCACUAUCAUUUCCAACGUCUGUUCUUCUGCCACCUAGCCCUUAAUGUAUGUUUUAUCUAUGAAAGCAUUUUUUUGAGUGAAGCCAGCUUUUCAAAGUUAGGAUAGUGGUUGGCAAGGUUUUCUGCAAUGGAAGUUUUACUUGGUCAUGUUUGUCCAAGGCUUUUGAGGGGAUGAUACUUUUGCAGAAAUGUAAUGGUAUCAGUUGGUCUUGCAAUCCAUGAUCCAAUUUAUUUGAGGCACGGCAAUAAUGGUAUUCACAUCUAUUUGCUUAGAUCCCCACUCCAUUUAUUAGGGGCUCCACAGGUAAAGUGGAAACCUGAUGUACAAUAUUGAAGACUGUCAUAUGUAACGAACACCACAAUGAGUAGAAAUGAUAGUAUUGUUUUGAAAUUUAACUUUUAAAUUAUGUUGGAAUUGAUACUCUUUCUAUAUUCCCAGUUUCAUGUAUUGAAUGUGA